AAUAUUGGCAUGGCAACACUUGGUUGUAAAGCCUGUCGAUGUCCACUUUCUACAAAGAUGGACAUAAUUUCUGGUUUGAGUAGUUUCGCUUUUGAGACUGGACUAAAUGAAGAUGACGAAAAGUUACUUUACCUUCGUGCGAGAUCGGCGGGCCUGACAUUUUGCGGAUGUGCGCACGCGGUUUACCUGUGCAAUCUGGUCCACUCACUGAGGUGUAUCAUCAAAAGUCACACUGCAAAAAGAGACUCGGUGGCAUCAGGAGGACACCAUGACCUCUGUGUGGGGAUACUUGGGAUGGGUCACAUGGGAAAACAGUUGCUCCUCUCCCUCCUGGAAAUGACUGGCAUCAAAUCAUCACACAUUCAAGUCUCCACUAGAAGACCAGAAUCUGCAGUGAAAUUUGUAAAGACGGGGGUUGAAUGUUUCUUUGACAAUCGCAGACUGGCAGCAUGGUCCGACAUUUUGUUUCUCUGCUGUCUGCCAUCUCACCUCCCCAGAGUCUGUGCUGAUCUCCACUCUCAUCUGUCAAAACACUGCCUUGUGUACAGCUUCACCUCUGCUGUGCCGGUCACCAGGUUGGCUAGACUUCUUGGGCACGACUUCAUUGUAAGACCACAGUAUGACUUUGUGGCUUGUGACACUGCAGAUGUGUGGCUGUCCUGCAGUCACUUGACCACUGCUUUGAAGGACCCUUUGCUGAUAGCGGCAUCAUGUCCUGUUACAAUGACUGGUGGCAUAUCUCUGGGUUUGAACUGGGUGUGCGUAGUGUUGUACAGCCUACUAAAUAUCUGCACUUCUGCUGGUCUGGGCUCUUGUGAUGCCCUGUCUCUGAUCAACAGCCUCUUCAAAGAGAAAUCGACACUCGCUGUCCAAUUAAAUGCUCAGAAUUUCAUCAGUUCAUCUUAUGCAUCUUCCCUUCUUACAGAGGAGCCUUUUCCCUGGAUUUCUCUCACUGAUGCCCAGACCAAGGAGACACCACUGCUGUGCUUUCUAUCAAGCAAUACAUCUAUGCAGCAGUGCAUCUCUGCAGCAUACAAAUCACUGCUGAAGACACCAGUAAAAUUAGAAGAUUACAUCCCAGUGUCCAUGGAGAGAUCAGAGUCUACAUCAGAGCUCCAGUCACGGCUGUCAUCCCUCUCCUUUUCCUCUUUUCCUGGAAUACCAUCCGAACAGCGCUGCGACAGUAGACCGACGGACAGGCUCCAGAACACGGAUCUUUCACAGAGCUUUACCCAGUCCAAAACUAAUAUGGAUGAAACCAAGGAGGACUCAGAGCAUCACUCAGAGGGUAAUGAAGAAGCCCCUUCUGAGCCAGCCCCUGGGGAAGGGGCUGAGGAGAACAACAGUGCUGCAAGCUGUGAAAAGAAAGCCCAGAUGCCGCCCCUGAUGCCCCCAGCAACAUGGACAUCUGUUGCACUGAAGGAGCUGAAGGAAAAACUUCGACCGGAGAAGGACAGUGUGGUGACAGUGUACCGAGGCGACAUCAUGACAGUUAACGUGCCCACUGUGCCCGAGGCCAAAAAAGUGUGCUGGGAGUUUGCUACAGAUGGUUAUGACAUCGGCUUUGGCAUAUAUUUUGACUGGACUCCUGUCACAAACCGAUCUAUCACAGUGCACAUCAGUGAGUCAAGUGAUGAUGAAGAUGAAGAGGAGGACCUAGCAGCACCUGCUACCAAUGGGGACGUUGAAAAGGGCUCCAAGAUUCAAACCACCAAGUCCAACUUAGCUGAAGUCUUACCUGUAUAUCGCCAGGACAGUCACUUGUUGGUCCAUGGGGGGAGCCACGAUUUUCCAGGUGACGGCACUUACCUGCUGAAAUUUGACAACUCCUACUCACUAUGGCGAAAUAAAACUCUUUACUACAGGGUUUAUUAUAGUGACUGAGAUGCCAGUUUGUUGUUUAUGAAUAAUAAUAUUAUUCCUAAGAAUGAUCAACUAUUUUUGAUCCCACACUUGGCAAAAGAUGAAGUCAUAAUAUAAAAGGUUAUAUACAGGCAUAUCUAUUUUUUAUCACUAUCAGCUUGUGGCGCCUCAUAUUUAAUUACCAGACAAUUUUGAAUGCAACAUUUGCUCUGGUGUCUUGCUAAUAGAUAUUUGAAGAAGCCUUGGAUAUGUGCCAUGUUCCCAUGUGAGCACUGUGCUGUUGGGUAAAGUGCCCAUCAUAAAACACAUAUGGUCUUCAGCUGUAACAUUUCUAUGUGAUCAGGGAACACCUGUGCAGAGUUUAUUCACCAUGCCAGGUACUUAAUCGGCAGUUGUUUUUUUUUUUCUGUUGCGUGCGUACACCUUGUUCCACUGCUUUGUUGUUGUUACUUGUUUUUACCCCUCUGCCUCAUAGCAUAAUUCUAUUUUAAUCUAUGUUGACUCCAGUCAUGAUAGAGGUAUAGAAGACAAACUGUAGAAAGACGUGUCUACAGUCACAGUGUGUGUUGGUAACAGAUGUAAGUUGAAUGUGCUGAAAAAAAAAGUAACAGUUUCACAGAGUGCACUUUUUAUGACAUAAAUAAAAGCCAUCCCUUAUCACGUGUUAUGUAAUAUCGAUUCAAUGUAUACGUUUGCUGUGCCCUUCUUUUUUUAACAGUGUCAGAGGUAGAGAGGAGUUAUACCAUUUCAUCUAAAUAUAUUUUGUGCACAGGUUUAUGUAACUGAAGGUCACUGUGUUUGUUUUUGAGUAUCCUCAGUGCCACGGGCACACUUUGAAUUUGAUUGUGUUGAAAACUUUUGUACCUUCAUGUUUCUAAAAUUGAUGCUUCUAUCACAUUCACAUAUGUGCAUGUUUCCAAAGUGCUGGCACAGAUUUGGUUCUAAUGCCGUGUACAAUGUAAAGUGGCUGGUUUAAGGCUUCACACAUUUGCUGUACUAUUUACUGUAAGUUAUGUUAAUUUGUUUCUGAAAUUUAUAUUCCAAAAUAAAGAGAAGAUUGUCUAGU